CCUAAUCGCGAGUGUAAUCAGGCUCCAGAGUCUCUCUCCUUGCGGCGGCGAAUCGGUCGAUCGCUUCUCGGCGAUUCCGAUGGUGGUUGCCAGCACCUGAGGCCGGUUUGGUGUUACCGGCGGAAGGAUCCUCGUCUUUGCUCCACCACUAGGAUGACGCUAUCUCGGCGAUCGGACGGGCAGUCACCUCGAUCGCCGUGGAUGGAUCUGGAAGCAAUGCGUAGCCCUUGAUUGAUCGAGGCAGUCUAGCGCUGGAUCUUCGUUAAAAAGGUGGUUGACUCCACGUGGAUAAACGCCUCCUUUCUCCAUUUUGCAUUGUGAAGGGAAGUGAAUUGGAUUAUUAUUCGAGGAGGUCAUGUUGAAGAACGCUCUUGGAUCUGGAGAUCUGGUGUUCCUUGCUGCUGGACGUGGGGAUUUAGUGAAGGACUUGGGCAAUGCGCUGAAGAUGGUUUAGCGAAGAAUGAGUAACAGUUGAGGGAGAUUUUAGCACUCCACUUAAAUGCUGCAAGCUUGUACCUUUUCUAUAGGAAACUAUGAUCUAAUUUAUUUCAUCUGAAAUGAGGCUGGAUUGGUUUUGUGGAGUGACUUGACUCUUGCACAAUUGCACAACUAGUGAUAUUUUUAAGUUAAUCAUGCAAGGAGUUCCAAGAGAGAAGGAGAUGCAACAUAUCCAGCUAGGAAUCAUGUUUGCCAAUCCAAGUCAUUUGUUACAGCUUUUUGGAUCUUUUAAUCAGGAAUAUGACUCUUUUCAGAAGUGUCUACUGGCUUGCUUACUUUUUGCAAAUAAUGUGGGCCUACCAAAGGACAAGAUCAAGGAGGCAUUUGGCAGAGAUGUGAAUGUGGAUAGUUGGUCUGUUAGAGGCUUAAAAAGUAAAAGGUUUAUGAUGAAAUUGCAGGCUGAAGGUAGCUAUAAUGAUCAAAGGUCAAACGAUUGCUUUCUUCCUGGACUCUACGAUGAUGUUGCACUGCACUGCCUAGCCUUACUGUGUAGGUCUGAUUUCCCUUCACUCGCCUGUCUGAACAGAAGGUUUAACUCACUCAUUCGUGGUGGAUAUCUAUAUAAAUUAAGGAGGCAGCAUGGUGUUAUCGAAUACUGGGUUUACCUGGCAUGUAGUCUGAUGCCCUGGGAAGCAUUUGAUCCUUUCAGGCGUAGAUGGUUGAGACUGCCAAGGAUGCCGUGUGACGAUUGCUUCUCAUGUGCAGACAAGGAGUCCCUGGCCGUUGGGACACAGCUACUUGUUUUCGGUCGUGAAGUGACAGGUUUCGCAAUUUGGAAGUACAGUGUUGUAAGUCGUGAUUGGUCCCGAUGCCCACCAAUGAACUUGCCCCGUUGUCUUUUCGGAUCUGGAAGUUGCGGCGAAAUUGCUAUAGUUGCUGGUGGAACCGAUAAAUAUGGUGGUGUUUCAAAGUGUGUGGAGUUGUACAAUUCAGAGACUGGCACCUGGGAGACUUUAUCAGAUUUGAACAUUCCAAGGAGAUUGUGCUCUGGAUUCUUUAUGGAUGGCAAGUUUUAUGUCAUAGGAGGCAUGUUGAACCAGACGGAUUCUUUAACUUGCGGCGAGGAGUAUGAUCUUAAAACAAGAACAUGGCGAAGAAUUAGGAAUAUGUAUCCUGGUGGUAACAGAGCUACUCAAUCUCCCCCUCUGAUUGCAGUUGUAAAUAAUCAACUUUAUGCUGCAGAUCAAUCUACAAACGAGGUCAAGAAGUAUGACAAGGCAACUAACACUUGGAGUGUCAUAAGACAAUUGCCUGUGAGAGCCGACUACUCAAAUGGCUGGGGCCUCGCAUUCAAGGGGUGUGGUGAUAAACUCUUAGUUAUCGGCGGUCAUAGAGGACCUCAAGGUGAAGUAAUUAUUCUGCAUUAUUGGUGUCCUGAAGAUGGAAAUGUCAGGGGAACAGAGUGGGAUGUGAUUUCUAUCAGAGAAAGAGCUGGUGCUUUUGUCUACAAUUGCGCUAUUAUGGGUUGUUAAUGCACACAUUAAGUUUGAUAUAAUUCCUCGGUUACCAAGGAAUAGUUGGUAUAUUCGAUUCUUGGAAAGGCGGGUAAAUUUUAUUCAAGUAGCUACAUGAUGAUAACUUGUACUCAGAUAGUUAACUCUACUUCAUUCCGAGUAUCUUGACACCAAGACUUGGUCAUUAUUCAGUUUCAUAUUUUACAAUUGUCGCCGGUCGAAAUGCUGUUGUUGCAUUGCGAUAUCGAUCAAUGUUGCAUUUUUUUCUUAAGGAUGGAUAAGAUUCGUGUAGUUGAUCAUAUUUUGCUGUCAUUGUUGUUUUGUAGGUCUUUUUCUCAUGUCCUUGAGGUUGAUGUUUCUUCCCUUUAUACUGUUAUAACUACAAAUCUCUGUAAUAAUAAAAAAGUGCAAUAUAACUAUCAAUUCUAUUUCAA